CGGUAGUGCAUCUUUACGCUGGUUACCAACCACUAACAAACAUCAACAGAAGAAGAUUCCCGUGGAAGAAGAAGCAUGGGAUCUUUACGAGUACUGGAGCUUUACAGUGGGAUCGGUGGCAUGCACUACGCGUUAAAGGAAAGUGGAAUAUCUGCCCAAGUGGUGGCUGCUGUUGACAUAAAUACCACAGCCAAUAAAAUCUACAAGCACAAUUUUCCAGAUACCCCCCUCUGGAACAAUACAAUUGAGGGUAUACCACUUGACGACUUCAACAAGCUAUCUUUUGAUAUGAUAAUGAUGAGCCCUCCCUGCCAGCCUUUUACCAGGUUAGGACUUCAGGGUGACAUUGCAGACCCCAGAAGUAAGAGCUUCCUCUUCAUCCUUGAUCUCCUUCCAAGGCUUUGCAAGCUGCCGGGCUUUAUUCUGCUGGAGAAUGUUAAAGGUUUUGAGAGCUCCUCUGCCAGGGACCGUUUGUUAAAAACGCUGAUGGACUGCGGAUACACCUUCCAGGAAUUUAUGAUCUCCCCAACAAGUGUGGGGAUUCCAAAUUCACGACUGCGUUAUUUCUUGAUUGCUAAACAUCCUGCAGAAAACUCAAGCAUCCAGACAAGUGCAAAGGCUUGUGGCUUCUAUGAACCUGAAAGGGAUUUUCCUUCAUUGUCCUCUACCUGCCCAAGUACUGGGCAGCCAGCAGAACAAAACCCCAGUGCUUAUGUCCUAUAUAAACAUGAAGCUCCAGCAGAUACUCGGAGGAAGACUAAUCAGAACAAAAACCUCUUUGUUCGGCAAAUACAAGACUUCUUGGAACCAGAGAUGAACGUGGACAUGGAAUGUUAUCUCCUUAAGCCUAAAACACUGUUGCGUUAUGGUUCAAUCUUGGACAUUGUUCAGGCCCAGAGCAGGAGGUCUGUCUGCUUCACCAAAGCUUAUGGAAGGUAUGUGGAAGGAACAGGAUCAGUGCUACAGUGCUGUAUGGAAAAUGAGGGUAGUAGUGUGUUUACCAAUCCGGAUCACUUGUCUGAAGAGGAGAAGCUCCAGAAACGUUUAAAAUUAAAACUACGUUAUUUUACGCCUAGAGAAGUAGCCAACCUGAUGGGCUUCCCUGAGAGUUUCUCUUUUCCAGAAGACAUCUCAAUCAUCCAGAAGUAUAGAGUUUUGGGAAACAGUCUCAAUGUUUUGGUGGUGGCCAAACUUCUACAACUGAUGUCUUCUAAGCAUUCUGAAGGAGAAGAGCAGUUCUCCUUUUCUUAGAAACUGUGUAUUAGUGCUCUUUGUUCUGUUUCUGUGGAUGAAGAAUCGCUUUAAUUGCAGAAUUUGAUGGAUAUAAAUGUUGAUCAAACAUGAUGAAAUAGAAUUUAUUUAAUGAGUACACUGUGUUAUGGCAUCAUACAAGUACCAUUAAUAAAGCUUCUCUUAUUUUUUUCUUAUUUUGUGCUUAUAUCCUCCAGUUAUAUAGAUGUUUUGUCUUUUUUUUGCUAUACCUUUACUUUAACUGAUGUUACAGGUGAGCAGAAAACACUGAAAUUGACAUGCUAUCAUGCUGUUAUAUCAUAAACAUAAGAGAGAGCAAAACAUUUGCUUUCUUCUUUACAACCCUUUAAUAUUUACUGUUAAUCAUUAAUCCUCUCACCACAUAGCUAAAGUUUGAUAAUUACAAGGUCAGCUAUGGCUUUCCAGACAUAAAAUAAACUGGUAAAUAGAGCUGCAUCAUUGUACAAGCAAUAGUGGGUAUGUGGCUGCUCCAUCAUUGUUUUAAAAAUCUGCUUCCAACUUGGCAUUUCUUCCUUUUAAGCUCUAUUCUUUCAUUUGUUAGAAUGACUACUGUUGCUUAUGUCUUUUGAACAGUAAACACCAGUGGCUUACACUGUUUGUAAGUGAUUGUAUCCUAUUUAAUGUACAAAGACUUAAGUGUGCUCCCUGAACUUUUCCACAAUUUGUCAUUUUACAACCAAAAUCCUCAAUGUAUUAUUUCUGAUUUUGUCAUAAACAGUUUGUAUAUUUGUAUAACCAAUAAAAAUCUGUAAAGUGAGCUAUGCAUAUAUAUUUAACCCUCUUCAUGCUGGUUUUUGUAAUUAAAAUCAAGUGAAACUAA